CCCCUUACGUCAUGGCGCUCCACAAUCCCGGAAGUUCCCUCCUGUCGGCGAUGGCGAUGGUUGGAGAGCAGUGGGUGUUGGUGGAGAUGGUUCAGGCAUUGUAUGAGGCUCCUGCCUACCACCUUAUUUUGGAAGGAAUUCUAAUUCUCUGGAUAAUCAGACUUCUUUUCUCCAAAACAUACAAGUUACAGGAACGAUCUGACCUCACAGCCAAGGAAAAGGAAGAAUUAAUUGAAGAGUGGCAGCCAGAACCUCUUGUUCCUCCUGUUUCCAAAGACCAUCCUGCUCUUAACUACAACAUUGUUUCAGGCCCUCCAGGCCACAAAAUUGUGGUAAAUGGAAAGGAGUGUAUAAACUUUGCAUCAUUUAAUUUUCUUGGACUCUUGGAUAAUUCUAGGGUAAAGGAAGCAGCCUUAGCAUCUCUAAAAAAAUAUGGUGUUGGGACUUGUGGACCUAGAGGAUUUUAUGGCACAUUUGAUGUUCAUUUGGAAUUGGAAGAACGUCUAGCAAAGUUUAUGAAGACUGAGGAAGCUAUUAUUUACUCAUAUGGAUUUGCCACAAUUGCCAGUGCUAUUCCAGCUUAUUCAAAAAGGGGGGAUAUUAUAUUUGUAGAUAGAGCUGCCUGCUUUGCUAUUCAGAAGGGAUUACAAGCAUCUCGUAGUGACAUUAAGGUAUUUGAGCAUAAUGACAUAGCUCACCUGGAGUGCCUACUAAAAGAACAAGAGAUUGAAGACCAAAAGAAUCCUCGUAAGGCACGUGUAACUCGGAGGUUUAUUGUAGUAGAAGGAUUGUAUAUGAAUACCGGAUCUAUUUGUCCACUUCCAGAGUUGGUCAAAUUAAAAUAUAAGUACAAAGCAAGAAUUUUUUUGGAAGAAAGCCUUUCAUUUGGAGUUCUAGGAGAACAUGGCCGAGGAGUCACUGAACAUUUUGGGAUAAAUAUCGAUGACAUUGAUCUUAUCAGUGCUAACAUGGAGAAUUCCCUAGCUUCUAUUGGAGGCUUUUGCUGUGGCAGAUCUUUUGUAAUUGACCAUCAGCGACUUUCUGGUCAAGGGUAUUGCUUUUCAGCCUCUCUACCUCCCUUAUUAGCUGCAGCUGCUAUUGAGGCCCUCAACAUCAUGGAAGAGAAUCCAGAUAUUUUUCAGGUGUUGAGAAAGAAGUGCAAACAAAUUCAUAAAGCCUUACAAGGCACUUAUGGAUUAAGAGUAGUAGGCGAGUCAUUUUCACCAGCAUUCCACCUCCAACUGGAAGAGGGCACAGGGUCACGAGAGAAUGAUAUCAAGUUACUUCAGAGAAUAGUAGAUCAAUGCAUGAACAGAAAUAUUGCCUUAACUCAGGCACACUACUUGGAAAAAGAAGAGAAAAGCCUUCCUCCUCCUAGUAUUAGAAUUGUGGUGACAGUAGAACAAACUGAUGAAGAACUCGAGAAAGCUGCAUCUACAAUCAAAGAAGCUGCACAGUCCAUCCUGACUUAGACAUCAUCAGUGAACUUAAUAUGUUUCAAGAAGAUGCAUCAUCUGUGUGUCAGUCUGUGGUAUACGGACACCUCAAAAGAAUUCAAAGUCUUUGUGGGAUAUCCUUUGACCAAGAGCUUGCAGUUGUUUACGUGAAUCAUUCCAUAGAGGUACAGACAAAAAGUAUGAAUGUAAGAGGAAUGGUUUAACACAUACAUCACACACACACACACACACACACACACACACACACACACACACACACACCCCAC